CGAUUUUGCUAGUCAGUCUUCUACUGAUCUUACCCAUAGCACAUUGUACCGACGGUGUCAGUCCGUUGAAUUUUCCUCUAGGCAUUAGAUUUAGUAUAAAAUUCAACUCGAAAUUACGUUUCAGACGUCGCGUCGAUCGAUUUCUUGGCAAUCGAAUGACAUUCGAAUUGCACAGGAAACGGAGAGCGUGAGUGGGCAUAACUUCAGCAUAAGGGCAUUAGCAUAAGCAUUCUCCCUUCUUCGUUUGAGCGUACACUACCCUCUUUCCACGCAUUCGCCCUGUAUAAUCUAUGUGUAUAUCAAAUCGUGUGUGAGUGUCGUGUCGGUCUGUGCGUGGCUUUCGUAGCAUAAGUCUUCUUUCGACGUGUAACCUUGCCGACGAGUGGAUCGUCACCAGCUUGCUGCGUUUCGCGAGGAAAAAGUGAAGCGUUUUCCUCGGGAUUAAACGCAGGAUAAAAUAGUGAACUUCCGUGAUCCUUUUUGGUUCGUGGUCGAUCGAAAGAAGUCCUCCAUCGGUGGAGACGCGCGAUUGGUUGUGAUAUUUCGAUGAAGCAGAACUAAAUCCCCAUUGGCUGUGGCUUCACGUGCUCUGCAUGGAUUAGCGAAAGUGAUAUAAUUGUAGCAGGCCUGUUCCGCGUUGCCCCUCUCCAUGCUGAAAAUUUGCGACGUCGAUAAUAACAAACCGCUUUGUGGCGAAAAACAAAUUAUAUAAGAUCUGAUGUGAUACUAGUGCCGCAAACAGGACGAUUUUGCAAAUUUAAACGAAGGAAGUGUACGAAAACAAGCCGCAGAUCAAUGAAAAUUGCAUUCGUUUUGUAUGGUUGAAAAAAUCUAUGUCAAUAAAAAGGUUUCAGCAGUGAGAGUGAAGCAUUGCGGAAGAGUCAUUGCUGCGAGAGAGGCAUAUAAGGCAGUAGGCGAUUUUGGAGGUCGCCUGCUGCAGUUUCGAGGCCUGCUGAGUUGAGUGCACAACAUCCCAUCGUCGUUGUAUUUCUACGCAUCGAAGCAGCCAAGGCGACAACGCAAACGUGAUGCUGAAUCCGGUGGAAGCACUAGCCAACCUAUCGGGGGCAUCGCAGCCUGCCAUCCGACUGAUUCUUUCCGUACUAUUAGCAUAUCCUCUCGGCGCAGUCUAUCGGAACCUGAAGACAUCCAUCACGGUGAAGAAUCUCUACAUCGCAGUAACCGGUCUGGCCAUCGUCAUAUUCAACUAUGGAUUCGACCUGUAUCACAGCCUACUGGCGGUGGCCGCCAGCUAUUUCCUGAACACAUUCUUCGCCACCAGCAGCCUACUGGUGCCGCUCAGUUUCUGCUAUCACCUCGGCUACUUGCUCAUCGGCUACUACUACACCACGUCGGACACAUACGACAUCAAGUGGACUAUGCCCCACUGCGUACUCGUGCUGCGAUUGAUCGGAUUAGCGUUCGACAUUUCGGACAGCCGCGAAAAGGUGCUCCAGAACAAGCGCGACGAUAAGUGCGUCGAAGUGCCCUCGCUGCUGGAGUUGAUUGCUUUUACGUACUUCCCGGCAUCUGUGCUGGUAGGGCCGCAGUUUACAUUGCUGCGCUACAAGCGCUUCGUGAGUGGCCAGUAUGAGCAGUACACGACCGGUGCCCCCGCGUAUGCGGCCAAAAAGUUCCUCCAGGGAGCGUUCUAUCUGGUUGUGAAUCAAGUUGGGUCACAGAUUGUGCCCGAUUCGUACCUGCUGUCGCCGGAGUACGAGGACGAGUCGUACUUCAUGAAGCACGUCUACAUGGGCAUGUGGGGACGAGUGUCUCUGUACAAGUACAUCUCGAUUUGGCUGCUGGCCGAGGGUGCUGCGGUUUUGUUUGGUCUCACCUACAUCGAUGCCAAGCCGGGCGAGCGGGAGUACGACCCGGAUGAGCUCUCCGGAUGUACCAACAUCAAGGUGGGCGUCUUUGAGAACACGAGCAAAUUCGGACACUACGUCGAGUCGUUCAACGUGCAGACCAACCACUGGGUCGCGGUUUACGUCUACAAGCGGCUGAAAUUCCUGAACAACCGUGUCCUGAGCCAUCUGGGUGCUCUGCUGUUCCUGGCUAUCUGGCAUGGAUUCCACAGCGGUUAUUACAUGACCUUCUUCAUGGAGUUCAUGGUGAUCCGGAUGGAGAAGGAGAUCGAACCCAUUCUACAGAAGAAUGAACGCGUUCAAGUGCUGCUACAGCAACCCCUGGUCAAGUUGGCCGUCUUCGUUGUGCUCAAGUUCUACACGAUUGCCUUUGCCGGUUGGUGUUUGAUUCCGUUCGUAUUCCUCAACUUCUCCAAGUGGUGGCACAUCUACACUGUGGUUCGGUUCAGUGGAUUGAUUCUUUUCUUGCUGGGCAACUUCGCGUUCAAGCCGAUACUGAAGGCAGUUUUGCCCGCGAAUCCAACACCCGCAAAUGACGCAAAGAAGGCUCAGUAAACUCCUGCCAGCUACCGCUCGAAUUCGUCAAUUUUCAAAUUGUUUGCAAAGCUUUAACCAAAAGGCAAAUGAUUCUUUCAGAUACGAAGUAACAGAUUCAAGAAAGACAUUUGAAUCCAUCCACCAGCCUACAAAAGGUUUUCAUUUCGUAGAAUCACCUUAAUGUGAGAAAAUAUCUUAGUUUUUUGAAUUAUUUGAAAUGAAAACAUCGACUGCACUAAAGAUUGAUUUAUAUAAUUUAUACUGAUGUCAGGUAUAUAAUACAUCGACAUACACCCGAUACGCAACUUUAUAGGAUUAUACGAUCAAGUUUGAUAAGUUUGAUUAUCGCGAUCUGCUACUACCUCUUGCCAAUAUAGAUUCCCUUGUUGUUUCGGUUUCCUAGCUGUAUUUGCUUCCUCCGGACCCAACGUUCCUAUUCUACACUCCUUAUAACUCAAUUCUCCAACUGAGCAAUGAACGACUAAAACACGAUGAUAAAUAAUUACUAUAACAAAAACGUUGAAAACCAAACCGUUCAAACAUUUACACGCAAACCAAACUCCGAAUUACGGUAAAUUUUAUCUUAUCACUCACGCGUUAGUUCUUUUUGAUCUGAUUGAAAAAAACUAAUAAUUAUAUAAAAACUAAUUAACAAACACCUGUGCUAGUGCCAGUUGGUAGAGUGAAAGCAGAAAUUAACAAGAACAAGUAUUUAUAUUUAUAGGAAAAGAAAAAAUAAAUAAAUAAAUUGGAGAUCGAAUACGGUACGAGAAGCUGCAACCAGAGCAGAUAUUAAAGAGCUGGUUUGGUUAGGCACAUUCUUCCGUAGCAGUGAAAAACAGAUAGUAAAAAUCUGUCAGUAUCAGACAAGAAAAUAAAAAAAGGCGGAAAAGCGAUAAAAAUGUUACAGUAGAAAUAGGUAAAAGUGGAUACUUUUAACAAAACUUCAAAUAAAUAAAGCAAAGUGCUAGUCAGUUUAUGAGUUUAAUGAAA